AUGGGCUUCCUAUGUUUCGGAAACAUAUGCUUGGGCAAUCUGUUUCAGUUGUUGUUGUUUGCGUUCUUUGGCUACCGAUUGGUGACAGGCUACUUACAACAUUCAUCUGAGUCAUCUGCUGUUGAGGAGUUUCGUGGGAAUGAUGCGAAACGACGUCGUGCGGAACAGGUAGGUGCUGUAUCACCUAAGGAGGAUGUGUCGCAAUUGCCGGGUCUGAAGAGUGUUAUUGAACGUUAUGCGACGAGCGGACCAUCUUUUCUAAAACGAGACCAAGAUCGUUACAUACUGAUUAAGUUCUCAGCAACAUGGUGUGGUCCUUGUAGACAAGUUGCACCCUUCGUUGAUCUACUACGCUACUGCUAUAAGUUCCUCCUUGUAAAUGUAGACAUCGACUCAGCCGCACCGGAACUUAAACGGGUCGCCACGGCGGUACCGACAUUCGUCCUUCUGAAACUACAAAAAAAUGAUGGACCCGUUUCUGGUCUCGACUUUCUCGGCAUGAAAGUUGUUAGCAAACUCACCGGAGGCAGCCCCGGACCUGUCGAGAAUCUACUACGCACCCACUGCACCAAGUUCGAAAAACUACCAAUGUAG